AGUAAAGGGGAGAAAUUGAAGGGAAGAAAGGGAGAGGUAAGGGAGGACCUUGUUAGUUUUGGUCUGUUAGUCACUUCUUUUAUCAUGUCCUUUUUGGGAUCUUUGGACUUCAAAGUGUGGGGACUUCUUAUUGUUAUACUCUGAAAUAUAAUUAGCUAGUUGAGUUCUUUUCACACUUCUUGAACUGUCCUUUGUCCUCCAGUUUCUCUCUCCUCCUUAAUCACGUGUUAGCAUCAGCAUUGGUGAAGAUGGUUGAUCAGAGGAGUAAAGUCUCUUGUUCUAGACUCUAUCCUACCACCUCUUUCUGUUGGUUUUAUUUAUCUACUUCCCUCUCUACACUAAUGAACAGAUGAGCCAUGGUUUAGGAAAUAAUUCGUCCUGAAAAUUACAUAUAAACUGAAGCUGAUUUCACAGAGCUGUAGAGAAACUACCCAGCACCUGGGAGCCAAACUCGGCUGAGCCAGGACCCUUUUGCCUCCACAGAAGAGAGCUCAGAAGAGUGUCACACACCCUGAACCUCCAACAGGACUGUGAUAUUCUCUGCAGGUGAAUCUACUCCCUGGCUGACUUUAGGAUUUUUAUUUCUGGCUUUUACAUUUUUCUUUUCAAAAAAACUUGGACGGAUAAAAGAUGUGCCAUGGCAGGAUAGCACCAAAGAGCAGCACCUCAGCAUUUGCCGUGGCCUCCGUGGGACAUGGAGUGUUCUUUCUGCUGGUGAUCCUUAGCACCCUGCUUGGAGACGGACUUGCCUCAGUGUGCCCUCGGCCCCCGGAGCCAGAGAAUGGUGGCUACAUCUGCCACCCCCGGCCCUGCAGAGACCCCCUGACAACAGGCAGUGUCAUCGAGUACCUGUGUGCUGAAGGCUACGUGUUGAAGGGUGAUUACAAAUACCUGACGUGUAAGAACGGCGAGUGGAAGCCGGCCAUGGAGAUUAGCUGCCAUCUCAACGAGGACAAAGAUACCCACACGUCACUUGGGGUCCCCACGCUGUCCAUAGUGGCUUCCACUGCCAGCUCUGUUGCUCUCAUUCUCCUCCUUGUAGUGCUGUUUGUGUUGCUGCAGCCAAAACUGAAGUCAUUCCAUCACAGCAGGCGUGACCAGGGGGUGUCUGGGGACCAGGUGUCCAUCAUGGUGGAUGGAGUCCAGGUUGCGCUACCCUCAUAUGAAGAGGCUGUGUAUGGCAGUUCUGGUCACUGUGUGCCACCUGCUGACCCCAGAGUGCAGAUUGUGCUGUCCGAAGGGUCUGGGCCAAGUGGGAGAGGUGUGCUAAUGGAGCAGCAGCUGCAGGACCAGGGGGCUUGCUCCUCUGCAGGUGGAGAGGAUGAGGCCCCGGGCCACUCUGGACUAUCUGAAGCCUGGGCCUCUCGGGGCUCAGAGACUGUGGUGGUACAUCAGGCAACCACCUCUUCCUGGGUGGCCGGCUCAGGGAGCCGACCAGCACACAAAGAAGCCGCAGAUUCAGAAAACAGUGACAUACAAAGCCUUUUAUCACUUACUUCGGAGGAGUACACAGAUGAUAUUCCACUGUUGAAAGAAGCAUGAGGGCUGCUGCUUUGCUCUCUGCGAUGGUCCUUUCUGCCCUUCCUCCUCCUCCCUGUGGGUUUGAACACCCUGGGCUCUCCAGCCAUCCUGUCCGGAUACCUGAGCUGCCACCUGUGUAUCUGUAUAUCUCUGAGGGCCUGGAGGCCCUCCUAGCUGGAAACCCAAGGAAGAGUCUUGCCAUCUGCCUGCUGGACAGCUGGAAGAGCUGGCUUUUUGCCUGGCCCAGCCCUCUCAUCUGUGUCGGGGACAUAUUUGAAUGUGCUGGAUUGAACCCUUCUUUUCCUUGAGCCCUCCGUGUCCCCUCCAGCCAGCUGUCUGGUGGCAGCCCCACUGGCUCACGUGGGUCUGAGUGCCGCUGUGUUUACUUGUGCCUUCCCCUCACCCUGUCCAAUUACCCUGUCAUACGGGCUUGUUGCUGUCCUACAAGCCUUAGUAGCUGCACUGCUGCCCCUUGCCAUACAGGAGGCUGGGUCGUGCCUGUUUCUUUGAGCAGAUCUGAGAGAGCUCUAAUGUCAAAAGAGUGGCUCUUAUUGGGUUAGUUUAUUGGGGCAAGAAGUGUGGGUCCUUGGGCUUGUCCUGGGUUGACACUGGUGGCAUAUUUCCUUGGCUGAGGGUGGAGGAUUUGGAAAACCAUGCCAAAGCCAUCCCAGCACUGGCUGUCCAACUCAGAGGUACAGGCUCCUGGCCUUGUUGAGUUGAGAGUUUCCAAGAAGCAUCCAGAAGAUCCCAAGGGAGGGAAGGAAGGCGGUUGAUGAUGAUUGUCUUUCUGAAAGCAAGUACUCCCUUUCUACUUCCAGCAUUAGCCUUCCUGGCUUCGGCUUUUUUCAGUUUCCCUGGAUUAUAAGGGAAAGUUCCAUGCCACCUCUAAGCGGCUCUGGCUCCCUUGCUGCCCACAGAGGCCUGAGGUGAAUCAUCCCCGGGACAGGAAAGUUGCUGAGAUGCUGUGGAAUGCCCAUCUGGUCACUGGAAGUUUGGUCGAGUUGCCCCUUUUUGGGUUCGUGGUGAGGAAGGGGAGCCUGAAGGCACAGGCUGAGACCCUGGGUGGCUGCAGGCAGCUCCAACCCCGGUCCCGAAGAUCUGCCUCACCAUGGUCACGUGCCUUAGUAACUGUGCCCAGGAGGUGUCCUGCUGCUGGCUGCCCUGCUGCUUUUCCUACUUCUGCCCUUCCCUGCCCACCCCCUUCACAAGUCACAGCUGACAAAUGACUCCCUUCUUUUUUCCCUAGCUCCCUGGGGGAAGGGCUGAGAAACAGUUCGCAUAUAUUCCUAGAACCUUACUGUCUGAGGUGGGCGAGUGGUUUGCAAGGCAUGCUCGCUCCUGAGGCACUGUCAGACUGAAGCCUGGGACUCAGGGCCCUUGGAGGAGCUGCUGGGCUGGAGGGAGUGGGCUUGAUGUUCCAGACCCUCCCGUUGGUGGUGAAGCUGCUGCCAAGCCCUUUAGACCUUUCCCUUGCCCAUGUGAUAAAGGUUAACCAGGCUGGAGUGGAAGAGCUCAACCAGGCUGCUAUCAUCUUCGAGAGAUGUGGCAUUAAGGAAUGUUUGGUUUGGCUUUGAUUUUUUUUUUUUUUUUUUUCCUUAAAGCACUGGGGUUGGGAAAGCGAAGCUGACCGUGUUUCACCUCUACUUCUUCCCUGAGCCUCUACGUUUGGGGUGGUAAAAAUAAUAAAAAUCCCAGGAUAUUUUCAGUACCUGACCUACCAGGUUUAUCUCCAGGCAUGGGUGGCCUCUGAGAUUAGGGGAGAAUGCCUUCUCUCAGCCAGCUGUGCUCCUGCCUCCGCUCUUACACAAUGCACUUUACGGCCCGGACAUUCCCUGGCUUCUUGCAACCACAUGCAGUCUUCCUUCCUCUCAGGGUAAGGGCAGUGCCUGCUAAGCCUCAUUAGCCACCCCUACACGUUUCUUUCCUUCCCCACCCAGGAGCCCCCACAUGCUGUGCGCAAAGCCCAGGCCAAAGUGGUUAAAGAUCGAAUAGGUUGGCUAAAAGGCUGGAACACAGAAGCCUUCUGAGGGAGGUGAACCAUGCUUAGCUGGUGGCUGUCCUUGGCCUCAGAGAGGCCAUUUCCAGAUACGUGCCUGCCGUCAGCUGCUGCAUCAGCCCAUUGGGCCCAGCUGCUCUCUUUCACCCACAGAGGUACCCUUGUCUUCCUCCAAAGUAUGAAAGCAGGGACAAAUGGGGGGAUCGUAAGUUUCACUGCUGAGCCUUUAGCUUUUGUUUUGCAACCUUCCAAAACCUAAAUUCUAUUCUAGAAUAUUAAAAAAUGGAAGAUCUUACUGCCUUUUAUCUUGGUACUCUGGGGUUUUUUUCCCCAAGAGAUUGCACUUUUUCUUUUGGGUUUAUUCAGCCACAUAAGUGACCAACUUUGCCCUUGAAAAAAAAGAAAAUCCUUCCUUAUGAAGUCUCCUUCCACCUCAGUUCAGCCACAUAAGUCACCAGCUUAACCCUUGGAAAAAAAAAGAAAAUUUGUCAGCCUCCUUACACUUCUCUCAUCUUCUGUUAAUACCACCCUGGAGAUUACAAGUCCAGACUUGCCUACCUGGUAGGAAAGAAAAAAGUCAGAACAAAUUGAAGCUUUAGCUCCCUUCCUCCUCCCUUUGGUCACUUGUUUUGAGGGGGCCUACUUCACGGAGGUGCCUGUACUUCUAGGUGCGGGACCUGAAAUUUAUUGCUCCCGACAUCUAGGACUGCUUCUUCCUGUAGUUCUCUGCCCAAAGCAAUUUCUUAACCAUCAGCCGUGUGCUGCUGUUUUUCGGGCUUCUGGACUUUGCCCCUUGUAGAGGGAAUUGGGACUCCACAGCUGCUUCAAGGUGGGGUCUGGCUGAGAGACAAGGGCAGGUGACAGGUGUCAGGUCUGUUAGGAAGGAGGCUACCCAAAGAGCCUGUGCAGGUGUGAAAAAAAACAAAUGGCCACAACCCUACUUUCCUAUGCUUGCCUUUAGGGGAGUCCAGCAGAAGGCGUUGCCCAGGGGAAAUGGCCAGCACCAAAGGACUUUAAUUCUGUGUGUGUGUAUGUGUAUGUGUGCACGCUUGAGCUCACUCAGUGCAGGUUUUAUAUCUUGGUGACUUGCAGUCACAUUCUAGUGACUUUGAAGGGCCAGUAUAUGGUGAAAAUCACUUAAAAUUUCCGUCCCUUUCAAUGCCUUAGUUUAACAGGUAGAUUCUGUCUUUUGUCAUUUCUGUAUUUCUUUACCAUGUUCCCAUUUCACUGAAUGUGAACUGUGAAAUGGGCUGAGUCUUGGCCACUUUGGUUUUGUGAGGCAUUUCAAUGUACAUUCCACAGACACUCCAUUUGUAAACAAACAAACUAAUAUUGUCUUCCCAAUUCAUCUUGCUCUUCUCCUCCUGCCCCCAGCCUUAAAGUUCUGUGGAGAAGCUAGAUGGCAAGACAGACAAAGGUAUACUUUUCCUGCUUCGUUAUUGGUGGCACAGUGAUAAAUAGCACUCAGCCUUUCUUCCUCUUCCAAUCCCAGCUCCCACCUGAGCUCUCAAAACCACUUGCUUCCUACAUAACUAUGUCGUCUCCAUUUCCAGGGAACAUCCAUGCAUAGAAAAUGGAAUAUGCUGCAAACAUAAGUCCUUGCCCUUUUUUUUUUUUUUAAAUGUCUUUUCCUUUUUCUCUUAAAGAGGAAAAAGGGCCUAGAAGGGAACUGUCAUACAGGCUUUACAGCUUGAUUCCAGAUGUGCUUGCUGAGGACAGUGAGGCUGGUUGCUUCUGUAUGGGCCUGCUAGUUCUCCUGGCUCUCAGCAUCAGGACAUUCAUUAUUUGUGCCCCGCUGGAGGGCUUGGAGAAUAUUUUGAUUGGCAGAUGUUUGGGCUGAGCGGUCCUGUAGCUGGUUCCCCAGAGAGGGAAAUGCAACAGGCUGUUUUACUGGGAAGCAACUCCUCUUAAUUUCCAGUUGAAAAUCUAGUAGAAUUUUGAAAGAAAACCCCAAGGUUGAAUCCUCUGCCAAGCAAGAGAGAGCUGGAGGGGACACAGGGGUAAAGCACUCAGAUUGCCAAGCAGGGAAGAGAGAUGAGGGUGGGGCUACGUGGCAGCCCGCUACCCCCUGCCCUGGUUUCUUCCUGUUAUUGCACCACUAUGGAAUCCUCUGUAGCAUGGUACUCAUAAUGGUUUAAAACAUGCAAGCAUAAAGGACUGUGCAGGAUGUCACUCAGUUUGGGUUUGCUUUAUUUUAUUUUAUAUAUGUGUAUAUGUUUUUUGGUAUCCUGUACAUUGCAGUGGGUGUGAAGAUAGUAUUUUAAUAUUUGUACAAAGUUUAAUUUAAUUUUAAUUGUUCUAUGUAUAUAACUGCAUUUCUAAAUAAUAAUAAUAAAAAAAGUCUUAUGACCAGA